CCUAGCGAAUAAUAAUAAUAAUAUCAAGCCAUACUAAUAAAAGUAAUAUUUUUAAUGUAACUAAAAUGCUUAAAAUAAGCGGAUAUUUUGUGCAUAUUGUCACCAACCGGGGCCCUCGGAAACUAUCGUAAAGCAGAGCGUAAAGUUCUCGUUGGCUCCGCACGAACGCGUUAAAUAGAAAUUACCUACCCUUUCCAGCGCCAGCAUUGCUGCGAAAUUGCAAAGGCACUGGCAUCAUCGCUUGGUUACUAUAGCAACUCGUUUGUUUGUACAUUAUUGUUGGUUGCCCGUCAUUGAAAAAAAUUCAAACUUAUCCAAAGUACAAAUUGAUUAGGAAGUUUGUACAGUUGGCCCAAAGGCAGUUUGGAAUACUUAACACCUUUGAUAUGUAUACUAAUUAUUGAGGUUUCUAAACUGAAAAAUGCAGUCACAACAUUGCCAGUAAAAGCUUGUCGUUGCCAUAGAGACGCUCUUGUUUGUGUUGCCACCAUCGUUGUCAGCGUUGUGAACAAGCGAACUUGUUUAUUACUUUAAUGGCAAACAAUUUGCUCUUCGACUGAAGAUGAUUAGCAGCUCAAAAGAGGAUCUUCUGGAAAUGUCCGAGGCGACAACCCCAAUCCGAAAUUCAGCGCGACGCCCCAUAAAAAGAAGAAAUCAAGUGCACUCACCUCCAUUCACCUCUCCAGCAACCGGCGCCGCUGAUAGAGAUGUUACGUCUAUAUUCUCGGUCAGUCGCAUCAGCAGAAGGAGCAGCUCUGACGACACCACCACAGAAUGGUCCGACAAUUUCAUAUCGGAUGCUUCUGCAAACAAACAAGAAAUUACUCGAAAAUCGUUGAGUAAAAGCAGCGCCGACCUGCACAAGAAAACUAACAAAAUCUCUAGACUAAAAAAGUCCCUGGACAAGCUGAGGCGAGAAACUUCCAAAGUAGACGCCAGCGUCCAUUCAGUACGCAGCAGGCUUCAGCUAGACGAACAACGCCCCGAAGCAACGGCAUUUUCAUUCAUCUGUUCGGAAAGUGAAAAAUUUCAAGCCCCUGCUGAAGACCGCAAUGAGUUGGUGCACUACAAGCCCUCAGGGCACUGGGAUCUUGUCUUCCAGGAGCUGAACUUGACUAAAAACGCUCCUCCUAGCCCCAAUCAGCUGGAUAAUCCAGUAAAACUGCAAAACUUCAAACCGCCAAGCGCGCCUCAUGCUGCUAAACCCUCAAGUUAUUCCCCUCCCAAUCGGUACCACGAUCUGGAGGAAGUGCGCAUUAUAAAAGAGAACGUUUUGGAAUUGUCCAUUGACUCUGUGAAGUUCUACCACCAUCCUCUCUUCAGUCUGGAGCAUGUUUUGCAGGAAAACUUGCAAAAAGUUUUCGCAAACCACUCAAACACUCUGGAGGAGAAAACAAUUGAAAAGCUGCUGGAAGAGCUGGAUAACCAGAGAAAGGCCCAAACAGAACAGAGAGAAGCAACGUUGAGGAAUGUAAGGAAGGCCAGGGAGCGCCUAUUCAAGGAGGCCCGAAUGCAAAGGGCAAGGCUGAAAAAGAUCCUGCUUACCUGGAAAGCUAUCAAGAAAAUAAGGGCGAAUCAAGGGUACUGCAGCACAAACAUCCGAUUAAUCAUCCAGAAGCGACCGCUUGAUUCAAUUAAGCUUGAGGUUUUGUUCCAACAAAUCCUGCAGGAUCUACUAGAGGAAAAGAAGGCCGCUUACGAAAAGAAGCUAGGCAGAAUGGAGGAAGGAAAUGGGGAUGGAAACCACCAACUCCUGCGAGUGGAUGAGGCCAAAUUAGAAACGGAGCUAAAGAGGAAGUUCCUGGAAUGCUUCCCAGAUCCAGGCGAACCAGAGCUGUGGUUCUAUUUAAGACACGACCAAGAGAUCAGCGCCGAAGUGGAAAGCGAGCCAGAGAAUCACCGGCGAAAAGCCGCAGCUUCUACAACAUUCACCAUCAAGAUUUCUUGUGACAGCGUGCCAGUUUGCAAAUCGAAACCGUCCACCCUCAAUGAGCAGUUCGAGCUCGAUAUUAGCGAGAUGUUUCUCCUGCAGCUCACAACCAUUCCCCAGAGCUUAACUUUGGAAAUCUUCGAACACCCCCAAGGCUUAUUAAGGAAGAAUGUGGCCAACGUAACAGUAGAAAUUCCGUCCCUGGGGGUUUUAUACCAGGAGGCAAAAAACAGGGAGAAGCAAUUUGAGCGUCACGAGCUCGUUCACUACACACACGCAGGAGUGGGCAGCGGCUGCAAAUUGCAGAACUUGCUUGAAGACGACAAUGCUCCUCUGGACCUCAAAGAAUUGCACACUAGAGGAGUUUUAGUUUCGCGAGUUGGUUGGCAGAGUGCGCCUCAUCGCCGCGACCCUUUAGACCAGUUCCCAAGUGCAAAACCGAUAACCAAAUGGGGCACUGUGGAUGCCGCUGCCAUCCAACACUGGCUGGAAGCCAGGCGCAGCGAUCCAGAUAUUGAGCUCAUUGGCCUGGACGACACUUUGGAGCUUUGGAAAGAAGACUGUUUAACAGGCGACGACGCAGGGUCGUUUUUUAGGUUGGAUGCCAACGCCGACUACCGGAGAAAUUUCUGUAAAAUACAGGACAUUCAGGCCAAUCUCCGCUUCCAGUACCUGAAGCUGAGGGAUCUUAACGAAAUUGAGUUUGACGGCAUUACGAUUCCCAAUAGAAUGCGCGAACUUCCCAUCAACCUACUGACGGACUUCAAGAAGCGAAAAGCCCUUGAAGUUGAGGACGAUGGGCCGGAUGGGGAUCCGAGGACACUGAGGGAAACAGGCAAAAGACGCUUGAGACAGAUGCAAAAGCAAAUUUUCCAGAAAUGCAAAGGGCUGCGCGACAACCUCAGCUACGAGAGCGUCGUGGAUGAAAAGUAUCUCAUCUACUUCGAAGAAGUGGUAAAAACGUUAGUUAAAAACCUCUUCAACUUGUUCCGAUGGCGUCCGAAGCUCUCCAGGCCGCUGCCCCGAUUAGCUGCAGAACCUCAACAGACUCCUGCUCUUUCGACGCACAAAUUUCUCAUCAGUAUCCUUCGAGGAAAAAACAUCCCUCAAAGAGAUGGUGCAGGCGACGUGCAAUCUUUCGUGGAAAUCAGCUUCGAGGACUUUUUCUUCACCAGCAGCACCAAGAGCGGCAAAGAACCCGCAUGGAAUGAAGCGAUUGAACUGCCUCUUAAGGCUCAACACGCGGAUUAUCUCAAUCCCGAUGCGCUCAGUGGAUCGAUUUCCUUCAACCUCUUUGAUCAAACUGGAGAGCGGGAUAAUCCAAGGAAAUUCUGGCUGGGGGAGGUGAAAGUGCCCUUGGCCGCCCUUGCCACUGGUUUAAAUCUGAGUGGAUGGUUCAAAGUGCGCAAAGCUCAAGUGCUAUUCGGCUACCAGGCGCAAGAGGAGCUAGUGGUGUCCAGAUCUCCCAAGCUAAGCAGUAGCAUCGAAGCAACCUUCAUCCAGCUGGAUGUGCGAGUUUCUCCAAUUCUGCCCUCGUUGGAGCCCAGCAUGGCUGAACUUCCUUCAAACGAUAUUCCGUACAUCAAAGAGCACGUGCUCAGAUGGAACGAAUCCUUCAAUGCAGCAUUUCCCAGCAAAAAAGUCUGCGCUUUGGCUAUCGACGUUAAUGGGCGCACGAACUGCAUCACUAGGUUCUUGCGCCCUUUGGAGCCUCCUCACCUGAACAAUGAGGAGUUUGACGUCACUCCUGAGCAAUGUCUGCGCUACAUCUCGUUGAUUCCUUUCACUGAAUGCAACGCAUUUUUCCAGAAUAUCUGGCUGACAUCCGAGCAACUGUUAAACUUUAUGGUCGGCUCUGUUACUGAUCAUUGCGUUACUCUCACCUGCUUCCUAUUGGCAUUGAAAAUUGAUGCUUACCUGCUAUUAGUAUGGGGCAACGCACAACGACAUCAAAGUCCUGCCUUUUUGCGCUUCGAUUUGUCCCGCAAGUCCGAUUGGUGGCCCCUUUUCGACACCAACAUUACGGCGCCCACCAAUUUCGUCAACAACAAAAUCCACUUCAUCUUGUACAACGACUUUGAGCAUCUGGAAGAACGUGUGGAGCGCAAAUUGAAGUCCAAGUUCUCCAAGUGGCGGCUAAUGGAACGCACCAACUUUAACUAUCGAGUGUCUGAAGCGUUUUCCGGCACGUUGCGUCUCCUGGAACUCAACUCCAUGCAUGGAAAACCCAAUAACGACGCUCUGUUGGAGCUGAGCAAGGCCAUUGGGGCCUAUCAAAUAAAUGGCGCUGUUCUCAAUGUUCCUUUCACAAGUCUCCAGGCUCUAGUCAGGAGAGUUAAAGCGCUGAAUUUGCACAUCCAGUCACCAGACGUGGCUGAAUUUGGCCUAAGUGUUAUGGUCCAGAUCUAUCCAGGGCGGGUGCUUUCAGUUUGGCUUUUUAUCGGAAGAAUUACAGACAUAUCGUGAGA